AUGGGAAGCAAAUCGGAUUCAGGACCCCAGAUUGGGGACUUCAGGACACCUGAACCUUAUCUGAUAACAAAACUGGAAUCUGCUGAGAAGACAUGGCAAGAGUUAUCGGUUAAGUUGGCCGAUCCGGAUAUUACUUCAAAUCCAAAUGAAUAUCAAAAACUGGCCCAAUCUGUGGCAGAGCUUGAUGAGGUUGUUCAAACUUAUAGGACAUUCAAGGCUUGCGAGAAGCAGCUAGAAGAAACCAAAGCUUUGGCUAAAGAAGAAGGCACCGAUGAAGAAAUGGCCGAAAUGAUCACUUCUGAAAUUAACACUUUAACCAGUCAAAUCAAUGAUCUUGAAGAGAAGCUCAAGGUGCUACUACUUCCUAGUGAUCCUCUUGAUGAAAGAAAUAUAUUGCUUGAAGUUAGAGCUGGAACUGGCGGUGAUGAGGCUGGAAUCUGGGCCGGUGAUCUUGUACGGAUGUACCAAUAUUACAGUGAACGGAACUCGUGGAAAUGCUCUCCGGUUUCAAGCUCUGAGGCUGAAAAAGGUGGAUUUAAGACUUAUGUUAUGGAAAUCAAAGGAAAUCGUGUAUACAGCAAAUUGAAGUAUGAGUCUGGUGUCCAUAGAGUUCAACGUGUUCCCCAAACAGAAGCUCAAGGCCGUGUCCACACAUCUACUGCAACUGUGGCAAUUAUGCCUGAAGCUGAUGAAGUCGAAGUUGAAAUUGAUCCAAAGGAUAUUGAGCUUACAACUGCUCGUUCUGGUGGUGCUGGAGGCCAGAAUGUUAAUAAGGUCGAAACAGCAGUUGAUCUUUUUCAUAAGCCCACCGGAAUUAGGAUUUUUUGCACUGAAGAAAGAACUCAGCUACGUAACAAAAGCAGAGCUCUCCAGCUACUUCGAGCAAAACUGUACGAGAUAAAAGUGAGGGAGCAGCAAGAGUCUAUCAGGAAUCAGAGGAAAUUACAGGUUGGCACCGGUGCACGGGCUGAAAAGAUUCGCACAUACAACUAUAAGGACAAUAGAGUAACUGAUCAUCGGUUGAAAAUGAACUUCGAGCUCACAUCAUUUCUUAAUGGCGACAUAGAAGCCGCUGUUCAGUCUUGCGUUGCCAUGGAACAGAAGGAACUACUAGAAGAACUAGCCUUAUCAGUUGGGGCUCUAGCUAAUUUCAAUUUUCAAAGGAAGAAACCCCAAUCCAAGCUGAUGUUGCACACAAAGAUAAAGCUUUUUUCUAUAGGAGUUCUGGUUUUAUCCUUUUUGGGCUUAGCUGUGUAUACAGGAAUUCUGCCGGCAAACCUUAAAGCUCCGCCCACCACCGCCCGCUUGAUCAGUAAUGUUGCUAUCAACUGUGGCUCUGUUGGCAACUUAACUGCCCUUAACGGCCGUGAAUGGAUAGGAGAAUCAGCCCUGGGCGUGGAUCAUAUAUCAGGAAAAUCAAGCAGCUCUGUUCAUGUCCAGACUUCAUCCAGUGGGAUCACCGUUGAUCCUGUUCCGUACAAGACUUCUAGAAUUUCUUCCACUGAGUUCAGGUACACAUUCCCAGUGAAUCCAGGUCAGAAAAUUGUCCGUCUACAUUUUUAUCCUGCUUCCUACCGUGGUUUUGAGAAAUGGGUAGAUUAUUUCAGUGUCAAAGCUGGUCCUUUUACUCUCCUUAGAAACUAUAGUGCUUCACCCGCUGCUCAAACUUCGGGUUUAAGCUACAUUGUUAAAGAGUUCUGUUUAAAUGUAGAAGAAGGAAACAGAGAAUUGACGGUUACAUUUUCACCUUCUCUGAUGGAUAAAACAUAUGCUUUUGUGAAUGGUAUUGAAAUUAUUUCCAUGCCAGGUGGUCUUUAUUAUACUCCUGAACUUAAGUUAGGAGCUUUAAUUGUUGGUCUAAGCCAUAGGUCCUACUUUUUUAUUGAUAAUGGCACUGCCCUGGAAGUGGUACAUAGGUUCAAUGUUGGAGGGAUUUCUAUAAACUCAAUGGAAGAUUUUGGGUUGUUUCGCCAGUGGGAUGAGGAUAUUAAUUUUUUGCUGGAACCAAGAGGCCGGCGAGUGAGGCAUCGGGUACUUAAGUAUAAAAAUAUUCCAGCACCUGUUGCACCAAUAAAGAUUUACCAGACAUCCUGGAAAAUAGUGACAGGUCUAUACAAUACGAACUAUCACCUUACAUGGAGAAUACCGGUAGAUUUAGGAUUUGGAUAUCUUGUAAGGCUUCAUUUUUGUGAGCUUGACUAUAGGAUGGCAGAGAGGACGAUAAGGGAGUUCAAUGUUCAUAUAAAUAAUCAGAUAGCCGAAACAUGGGCAGAUGUCAUCAGAUGGAGUAAUGAAGUUGGGAUCCCAAUGUACAAGGACUACGUAGUCAUAUUAGAAGAAGAUGAUGAAGGAGGUGGUAAGUUUGAUAUCACGAUUCGCCUAGAAUCAGAUGAUGAGUUAGUUUUUGGACUCCUAAAUGGGAUGGAAAUCUUCAAGUUGAGUAACCUCGAAAACAAUUUAGCAGCUUCAGACAUUGUUUAUCCAAUAGGAUUGUCGACCCCUUUGAACCCGAAAAAUGAGAAGUUCUCUAUAGCUAAUGUUAUCGGUAAUGCCAUGACUGUCAUCACUAUUCUUCUAAGCAUUGUAGCCUAUAGCUUGAGAAAAUGUUGUGAAGAGCAAUACCCUGAUGGAAGAGGUGCAGAGUCAGCCUCAGUUGAGCUCCGUUGUCGUGUCUUCUCGCUUGCUGAGAUAAAGUUAGCAACACAAAAAUUCAGCGAUGAAUGUGUCAUAGGAAAGGGUGGAUUUGGCAAAGUUUACAAAGGUGUUAUUCCUGGGGUCCCCGGUAUUGUUGCUAUAAAAAGGUUGAAUUUGUUUUCCAGGCAAGGAGCUAAUGAGUUUUGGGCUGAAAUUGAAACACUUUCAAAGCUCCGCCACAUUCAACUUGUCUCCUUGAUAGGAUAUUGUAACGAAUUUGGGGAAAUGAUCCUUGUAUAUGAAUAUAUUCCUGGUGGCACACUCGCUGACAAUCUUUACAAAUUUGCCAGAAAGGGGAUGGACUGCGUUCCUCUUAGCUGGGAGCAAAGGCUUAGAAUCUGCAUAGGGAAACCUGCAGUGGAAGUUCAAAGUUUCGGAGAACCAAUAAGUCUCUUAUCACGCUUUCAAGAAUGUACAGCAGAAGGUGAUGCUAGUAGAAUUGUGGAUCCCAGUUUACAGGGUGGAAUUUCAUCAGACAGCCUAAAAAGGUUUGUGAAAACAGUUGAAAAUUGCCUGCAACUGUUGCCGAGUAACAGACCUACAAUGGCUAAAGUGGUGUCAAGUCUGGAGCGUGCGAUUGAGAAACAUCAAAGCCAUAUGAAUUCUGAAUUGGUGGAUUCCAAUGUUGAGACCACUUGUUUGAGUCAUAAUGAAACCAAGAUACUGGAACAGAUUGGCACGUCUCCUCCUGCAGAAGUAAUCUCUGAAAAACAGACUGAGAAUCUUGCCUCAACGUCGAGAGAUGAGAACUCACAUGAAACUAAGAUAUUAGAUGGGAUUGUCAUAUCUCCACCAGCUGAAUUAAACUCCAAAAUUCCAACUGAGAAUCUUGCCUCAACAUCUAGAGGAGAAAUCUUGCGGCCGAGGAUAAGGGAUUCCGCAGGAGUUCGAAAAUCAUUAUUUAGUUGGCCAUGGAUAGUUGGGAAUGGAAAAGAAAAUGUCACCAGGGAACCAGCAAACGAAAAAACUGUCCCUCCUAUACCUGGAAAAUCAAAUGAUGGCGUAGACACAAAUGGAGGAAGUGUAGGGUCCAGAGAGCACAGGGUUGGAGCAGUAAGAAGUGGAGUUCCUCAAGAAAUUUUAUCCAUAGACAUACAAGCUUUGUCUUUGGAUGAGCUGAAAAAAUUGACCGACAAUUUUGGGGAAAAGGCUUUGAUAGGAGAGGGUUCAUGUGGCCAGGUUUAUAUGGGAACAUUAAGCAAUGGCCAGAAAGUUGCAAUUAAAAAAAUGGAUGAGAGUUCUAGAUCAGAAACAGAUUCUGAUUUUGCAGAAGAGCUAUCAACAGUCCCAAGACUUAAACAUGAGCACCUGAUUGAGUUACUUGGAUAUUGGCUUGAAGGACAUAACAGAAUCUUGGCCUAUGAGUAUGCAACAAUGGGUUCUCUACAUGAUGUGCUGCACGGUAAAAAGGGUGCUCAGGGAUCAGUUCUCAACUGGAAUCAGCGAGUGAAGAUUGCAUAUGGUGCAGCAAAAGGGCUGGAGCAUCUGCAUGAGAAAGUUCGACCGACUAUUGUUCACGGCAGAGUCAGUUCUAAGAACGUGCUUCUCUUUGAUGAUUUUGUGCCCAAAAUUGCUGAUUUCAGCUUGGGAACCAAGCCACUUGUUUGGGAAAACCUGUGGUCUCCAACCUCCCUCGUGGAUUCACUUGAAUUGUAUGGUUUUGGCAGGACAGAGCAGAUAAUUGUCACUACUAAAGAGAGUGAUGAUAUUUACAAUUUUGGAGUUGUUCUUUUGGAGCUUUUAACUGGGAGGAAGCCCAUAGACCACAAUAGGCCCAGAGGACAGAAAAAUUUAAUCACCUGGGCAACUCCAAGAUUGUCUGAAGACAAGGUGAAACAAUGUGUGGAUCCCAAACUAAACAACGACUACCCACGGAAGGGAGUUGCUAAGAUGGCAGCUAUUGCGGCUCUCUGUUUGCAGUGGGAAGAAGAAUUUAGGCCAACAAUGAGUACUGUUAGGAGGCUUUUGCGUACUGAAAUCGAAAAACUUUGUUCAGAGAAAACUGUUCACAAUUCGUCAAUUCCUAUCCAAUUUGAAGGCCAAGACUUAUCAAGUUGCGUACCUGUUUUAAUUUUUUACACCCCUGUACUUAUUUUCUCCAUAAUACAUAUUUUAGCAACUUACAAGAGACUGAAGAAUAAUAGGUCACAAGAGCUACCCUUCAUGAUUUUAGUGAAGAAUAAUAGGUCCAAAGGCCAAACGAGAUCAGCACUUGAUGUUGUCGAUGAUGGCGAAUUUCAGCACGCAAAACUAUACAACAUCAAGUCACAUAAAGUGGUGCAAAAUUGUGAAUUCAGAGUUCCUCUGAAAGGUGAGGAUGAUUUUAUCUUAGGUUCCUCUCAUGGCUGGGUAAUCUAUGCCUCCAAUCCUCCUAAUUCACUGGAGCUUUUUAAUCCCUUUAGUGGAAAGAGCAUCAAGAUCCCUUGCAGCAACAAUCCUGUUCGUUUCCAAAAAGUAAUUUUGUCUUGCGAUCCUACUUCACGUCCGAAUGAUUUUGUCGUUGCUGCAAUUUGCUCUGUUCGACGUGGAGCAUACGAAGAACUGCGCUUAGGGUUGUGGAAAGCGGACCAGCCAUGUUGGACGAUUUUCAAUGAAACAAAUUGGGACAUUAUAUUUUACAACGGAUUGUUGUACGGCAUGGACAUGCGUGGUCAGCUCGUGGCUUUUGAUUACAAAACUAAUAAUGAAGAUCAAUUUGGUCGCGAGGAGGUUAUUAAUGUACCUACAUAUGAUGUUGAAAGAGCGGUGUUUUUAGCGAAGAAGGAAACGUGGCCGCAAGGAUUCAUGUCCGAGAUGAUGAAUUCAUGGUCUAGAAGAAACUUCUAUCUAGAAAGGUCGAUCCAAGUCGCGACGUCAGGGCCUUAUGGCCACGACCCCCCGCCGCCGCCGGACCCUGAUUUGUGUAUCAAAAGUGCAACUCCACCACUGAUUGAUGAUAGAUCCCUAAAAAAGCCAAGAUUUCAGAUGAGGGAACAGGAUGGGGAAACAGGAGGGGGGAAAGAGACUCCACAGCCAGCAGGACCUCAACCCCUAAAUUCGCUUAGAGGGACGCCGAUGAGCCAUCCCAUGAAUUUCCAAGGGAAAUUGUUCGGAUGGGCUAUCCCCAAAGUAUUGAUCCGCGAUAGGGUGGAGGAACAACUAGCCAAACCAUGGAGGAAUGUAGUGGACAUGGAGAGAGACUAUUUCUUGGUGACUUUUGCCAACCCGAGUGACGUUGAAAUGGUACUGAGUAAGGGACCCUGGCUGAUAGGAACUACCUACCUCCAUACUCAACGGUGGACCAACGACUUUGACGCAAAGGUGAAUAAGUUUGACAUAAGGGACUGUAACCAGCUUGUUGAGUACGAGAAUCUCGACUGCAUUUGCAUGUCAUGUGACUGGGUCGGUCACUUUGCCGGUACUUAUGGGUUUGAGGGACCGAGGCAGGCGCCGGAGAAGCAGAACACCGAUGGGGACCAGAAAUCAGGGACUACGGGGGCUAAAAAACUGGUGACGGUGACUGUACAGGAAAAACCAGUAUUUGGCGAGUGGAUGUACGCGCCUAAACUAGGAAGGCAGAGGAUGGCCCAGGCGAAUACACACAAAAACAAACACCACCCUUCCAUGCAAUCAGCUGGGUCCCGCUAUUCGGUGUUGGAGAGUCUAAACGAAGAAGAGAAGGAAUCUUCAGAAGAUCUUGCUGCAAAUUUUAGGACGGAGAGGGCAACAAACCGGUCACAAGGGAGUGGUAUAUGGAGGGAAGUCAUAUCAGCUGGUUUGGAAUGUGGGCUAAAGAAUCCAAAAGAUAAAGGAAAGGAAAUUGGGCUUGUUGAUAAGGGGAGUGGGGCGGAGACAGCCCAGCCCACUGGAAGCAGCAGGACCCUGGACCAGCGGAGGAGCCAAGAAAUCAUAGUUGAGCCCAGUACCCAAACAGGCCCAGAAACUGACCCAGCACGAAAUAGCCUUGAACCAGGAUGUAGCAAAAUAGGUGAAGUUAAUCCUACCACAGGUCCCUUUCCAAAUGCAACACCGGUUUCAUCGAACUUGGAUCCCAGCAAACAUAUGGCGGUCCUGGACACAAGGGUCAGUGGAGGUAUGCAAUCGGAAGGAAACUUACUAGAGCAACCUCAAUCUGCCGGCGGGAACGAGGAGAUGGAGUUUUUUUUUAUGAAUACGAAAAUCCUAUGUUGUGACGUCCGAGAAGUAGGAUCCACUCCUUUUGGACAUGCUUUUGAAGAUAUACUGAAUUAUCACAAACCCGAAGUGGUUGCAAUUCUUGAACCGCGAAUUAGCGGUAAGAAUGCAGAUCUAUUUGUUAGAAAAUGUGGAGAGUCUGUAAAGGUGGAAAUUUUGACCUGUAACAGGCAAUUUGUACAUACCGAAAUUACUAGCUUGGAGAGGGCAUUUUUUGUAACUUUUGUCUCUGCGAACCUAGACCCAAGGAUAAGGAGAGAGGGGGAUUUCAACAGCAUAGUACGGAAGUCGGAGAACUGGAUAUUCGACAACCAACUCCAAGAUGUCCAGACCGAUGGCGUCAAAUUUACAUGGCGAAGUAGAAGCUUGCAGCAGAGACUCGACCGAUUUUUAUGCAAUGAGGAGUGGCUGAAUCUCUUUCCAGAUACCUUAUGUGCACACCUACCCAAAAGACAGUCGGACCACAACCCCCUCCUCCUCACAGAGAGUUUCUCAAACUUUGUGGAUCAGACUUGGAACAGACAAGCUGAUUUCGGGGAGGCUACAUCCACUUUCAUGAUUGCUGCCCAGAGGUGGAAUCGGAAAAUUUUUGGUAACAUAUUUCAUAGAAAUAAAAGAACUCUUGCACGACUCGUUGGAAUUCAGAGAGCUAGGGACUCCAGAGAGAGUGAUAGACUUGUGAGCUUGGAGUACGAGUUCCAGGCGGAACUUGACUUGAUCCUAGCUCAAGAACAUUCCUUGUGGAUUCAAAAAACAACCCAAAACUGGAAUCUAGAUGGCGAUCACAGCACCAAGUUCUACCACAGUUUUGCAAACAGCCGGAGGAGGAAGAAAAUAAUUGGGGCUCUGUUAGGAGAAAAUGGCAACUGGCAAAGAUCAGUCACAACUUCAGUCCAUGGCAAUGCGGUACUUCCGGGACCUGUACACAGCUGAUCAAAGCCCAUACAGUUGGAAAAGAGUGAAUGAGAAUUAAGUUUCUCAAGAGUUGGAAAAAUUUAGAGUUAAGGCUAAGGGACUUUGUCCCACAUGGGUG